GAUAGUUGAUAGUACUAGUAGGAGUAGGAUAUACUGUUGUAACCAACGCAAUUCCUAAAGUCAAAACUCCAAAUUGGCUAUGGCGGAAACCACAACAACAAUCUCCACUGACUCAAUUCCGAACCCAGAUGCCGGAAAAGAUGACAAACCCAACAAAAACCCUAUUUUCUCAUUGCUCUGCAGUUUCCUUCAGCUCUUCAAACCGCCACUACCCAAUAAGAAGAAGAUAGAACCCACUGCUACUACUUCAGAGGCCAAACCAACUCAAGUUUCAGGUGAAGAGGAAAAGCAAAACCCUGCUGUAGUGAAGUUUCCACGUCAGGAGUUGCCUUCUUUGAAGCUCGAAUCAGAAGGGGCUGAACCCGAUACUAACCCCAUCGUUUUGUGGCAGGUUUAUGCUAUCGGCGGGUUCUUUAUUUUAAGAUGGGCUUGGACAAGAUGGAAUGAACGUCGUGGAAAUGGGAGGCCAUCCAAUGACGAACCUCCUCCCAGUCAAGACUAGACCUUGACACUUGUGUUGCCACAAGUUAGACGGGAGAAAGCGAAGAGUGAUACUUGUGGAGAUAGGUUUAUGUGAGCCUUGUAAAGUAUCUUAGUCACAGUUGUGGUUUUAUAAUAUUAACUGUAAAAACCUGAAUCAAGCUACAUCAAUGUUCUGGUCCGCAUUUUAUGCAACCUGUGUUGGCUAUUUUUGUUAAUUCUUCAAUUGCUAAAGUGAGUCCAGGAUUUGCUGA